AUGGUUGUGCGGAUCUUUUACUAUGAGGACGAUGCCGGAGGAAAAAUAAAGCGCGGUAUUUUGAAGAGGAUAGGAAAGAACUGGAAGGAUUCAAGGCACCACUUGUUUCAUAGGUGUUACAAACAAAUAAGGACUUAUGAGAAAAAUCUUCAGCAUCACCCGAAAGGAAUAGACAAAAAUGAUUGGAAAAAGUUCGUUGACUAUUGCCUGAACGAAGAAACACAGAAAAAGUGUAAACAGAACACUUUAAAUCGGAGCAAGCAACUUUAUACACAUACUGGGGGCUCCAAAACCUUGGCAAGAAAAAAAGAUGAAGUGGAGAGAGAGCAAGGAAGGCACGUUGGUAGAGAAGAGUUGUUUAUCAUGACUCAUAAGAAAAAAGAUGGCUCAUAUAUCCACCCCGAUGCACGUGUUGUUAGUGAUGGAUCCUCUAAGCACCUUUCACAGAAUGACUCGCUAGCACAAGUUCUCGGAAAGGAGCACCCAGGACAAGUUCGUGCCCUAGGUGCUGGAUCAUGUCCCACCCAAGUCUUUGGUAAUGCUGCUGGACAACCGUCGGGUUCUGCAGAGUCCAAUGCAGAGGAUAAGAGGAUGAUUGCAGAAUUGACGGCUAAGCUAGAAGAAGAGCGGGCGAAGAGGCAGUCAAUACAUAAGGUCUUGGGAUAUGUAGUCCAACAGUUAGGAGGCAAUUUGCCAGUUGAGAUUGCUGAAGAGCUGGCUUUUGUGGGCGCAAUUUUCCUUCACAUACUGCGGCGGUUAAUAACCGCCGCCAAACCAAAUUGCAUUUUGCAGCGAUUAUUUCAGCGGUUGACUAAAACCACCGCUAUCCGUUUUUUCGCGCCCUAUCUUCCAGCGUUUCAUGAAACCGCCGCGAAAUAUUUUGCGGCGGUUCAAAACCGCCGCUAA